AUGGGGAAGAGGCCGGCGGGGGGAGGGGGGGCGGGGAGGAUAUUGGAGGGGAAGAGCCCUCCUAACUGGGCCAAUGAUGGGGUGAGGAAGAUGGACACAACGAGCAGAGACCGGAGGGGAGAUUUCGCUGGUGCCGGGAUUGUGGUGGCUGUUCGCGCCGCUCGCAAGCUGCACGGGCCGCUUUGCCUUCUCAUCCUGGAUGGAUGCCGGAAAGAGGUAGUGUCCAUUUGCAUCCAACAAGUUGCCCGUACACUGUGCCAAGUCUCGACUUUGUAAACGAAUUCGAAGAAGGGUUCGGGUUUCAGGGUUUGGACAAGAGCACGCCCGCUCACAGAUUGGCGCUGGUGGUCUCAUUCGGUUUGUCAGUGAGGGCACAGGUGAGCCAACGACAAUUACAUGGCCGUCCACCGAUGACAGAAAUGCAUUAGCCCUCCUGCCGUGUGUCCAAUGUGUGUGUGCAGGCGGUGCUCGUCAGAUCUCACCGCACUCAUUGGCGUCAGACAGAGGCGGUGAGUGAGAGAAAGGCACACACGCACCCACAUGCAGCACGGUGGACACAUCGGAUGACGGGCGCCUAUUCUCUGUGUGUCAGAUCUGGUUUGUCUGUGUGUGGCGCCUUUGUGAGGGUAUCUUCGUCAGUGUGGUCACACACAACACAGAGAGGUCGGCCUGCACACAUGAGCUCAACCCUGGCCAAGCAUGCGCCCAUCCUUGUGUCUGUCAUCUCACUGUACUGUCAGGUCCAUUAGUGGUUUGUGUGGUGUGUGGCGGGAGGGAUAUCAUCACUGAGUUCGUUCGGUGACGGCCUGACUAACUGCAUUUCUAUCGCUCGCGACCAGACACCACAGGUGGGUGAGGACAUACACUCAAAAACGCACAGAGGCCUCCGAGUGUGUGUUGUGUGUGUCGGAAGGUGAGCAGGGUUGUGUGUGUCGGUGUCCUCAUCCAUUGCCUCUCAUUCGUCGCGCGUCGUCCUGUCCGCAUCAGAGCCGCACAGGUGCGCCCGAUGACACCAUGAUAAGCAGCCUCACACAUGCACAGACACUUACUUGUGCCCUUUUCUGUGCGGGUGUGUGGAUGCAGAUCGGGCAUCGUUCGUCGCACCGCCUGCAGUACUUCAUCAAUCAAUGAGCUCGUCUGCGUCGUCUUCGGGUCCCACCGCACCAUCGCCGUCGAACGUCGGAGUGUUUGAGUGUCGUGUGUAUGAGGACGGCCGUGGGGGCUACGAGAUGGAUGUGCAGGGGCAGCGUGUGGCCAUCAAGCCACCAUUCCACGACCACAUCAACUUCUGCUCGGCCGUCAAGGACGACCGCAUCACACAGCUCAAGCAAGAGAUCGGCCAGCUCAACAAAACCUUUCAGUGCGAGAAGGUCGACUCCAUUUAUCCUAUCCAUUCAUCGCUUCUCUUGUCGGCAUGUGCAGGGAGAAGGACAGCCAACUGCAGCGCCACGUGGCCGACAAGACCGCCAACGCCGCCCUCCUCACCGCCAAGAACAACACCAUCACAUCGCUCAAGCAAGACAUCGCCGCGCACCGCACCCGCAUCGACAAACUCGAGCAGCAGAACGCCACACUCGAGAGGGACCGCCUCACCGACGACCGACUCCAUCAGUGUGGGUCUGCGGCUGAGAUCAAAAGCAUAGCGGCGCGGGCGGGUGAGGAGAUGGUGCGGCUGGCGGGCUUCAAGCGGCGUGCUGAGGCGCUGCACGACCAGAGGGAGAGGGAGGAGGAUGAGAGCGACCGCAUGUGUGUGGCCUGCAAGUAUAGAGAACGGACCGUCGCACUCCCUUGCGGUCAGUGAGGAAGACAGAGAGGCGCGGGAUGGGCUGACAUUCACUUCUCUCUGUGGAAGUGUUUGAGUGUGUCUGGUUGUGUGGGGGCAGGGCAUGUGUGUUUCUGUGAGGAGUGCUACCGCCGUGUGCUGUCGGGUCCGCCUGAGAGAGCAGAUGAUGGCGGUGAUGAAGAUGAGGAAUUCGAGGAGGAGCCGACGCCCAAGUGUGCCAUCUGUAGGAAGACAUUCUCCACCAACACCACCACAGCACAGCCCGCCAGGUAUAGAGGAGAAGGCCGGGGGCGGCUGUGUGUGUCACACUGAUGUGCAUGGCCGGGGGCUUUUCCCGUCACUGCCACACUGAUUGAUCCCUUGGCUUACGUGUCGGUGUGUGUCAGUGUGGCCAGUGGUGGCGGUGCGUCGGUGAGGACUUCAGCUGCCGGCACCGCUGGACCGCAGCCGAGCGGCUCGCAGCAGCAGCGGGCCGCCAACACCACCGCAGCACAGCGGGCCAGGUCGGUGCAAAGAGAAGAGGACAAAACAGACCUCGCCGUCUGUCAUGUCUGCCCCCUUCCUUUGCAGCGACAUUGACGCCUUCAUUGAGAUGCCAUCUGGUGCUUGGUAUUGCAUCGUCACUCCCGGCACCGGCAGAGUGCCCACACUCAACGACCGCGUCAAGUACGACUACAUUGCGUGGUUUGAUGGCGACGGCCGUGAUCAAGCCUACGAUAACCGUGGGCAAGUGGAUCGUGUGUCUGAUUUUCCGGCUGACUCGGAGCGUGAGGCGCUGCUGUCGAUGCGAGAGGGGGAAGUGAGGCAGAUCAGAAUGCCAGAUGACAGAUACUUUGUCCCCUACGUUCAGCUGCGGUUGAUCAGCAUACUACAGUAGGAGAGAGUCCACACACGCACACACACAUCUGUCAUGUUUGCCCCCCUUCCUUUGCAGCGACAGUGAUGACUUCACAGUGAUGGCAUCUGGUGCUCGGUAUCGCAUCGUCACGGAGGGCACCGGCAGAGUGCCCACACUCAACGACCGCGUCAAGUACGACUGCAUUGCGUGGCGGGAUGCAUUCGACGGCCAGGACAAGUUCUACGAUCUCCGUGGGGCGGUGCGGUGUGUGUCUGAUUUUCUGACUGGUGUGGUGCGUGAGGCGGUGCUGUCGAUGAGGGAGGGGGAAGUCAGGCAAAUCAUAACGUCAACCGGAUAUGCUGACCGCUACCAUCAGCUGCAUUUGGUCAGCAUAGAGUAGAAGAGAGUCCACACACACACACACACACACACACAUGGGGGCGGCUAUUUGUGUCACACACUCAUGUGUGUGGCUGGGGGCUCUUCCCUCGCUGUGCCUCGGCUUUGAGCGAAGGAAUGAGUGUGCUGUCUGUCUGUCGGCCACCCACACACUCAUGUGGCGGUUUCUGUCUGCUCGAGUGUUUGUUUCGUUUUCAUUCGACGCGAUUGUGUGAGAGCGACAGAGAGUUUUGACUGCUGCGUGAGUGCGUGUCUUGGAUGGCCGCGUGGGAUUGUCGUGUGUGCGUGUGUCAGUCGGCCUGUUGUGUGUGGUGAUUGCGGUGGUUUUAAUUCUCUUGCCCAUUGUGUGUGUGGCGGCGAGAUCGACGUGGGGUGUCUAUGUCAUCUGCCGUGUGUGUGUGCUGAUUUUCAUUCGACUCGUCUAUCUGUUGUGCUGCCAGCGACCCGGGAGACAGACCGCAAUGACACGACGUGCAGUCUUCGUCUGUGUGUCCAUACUGACAUAUUUAUCCGCUUAGCCAGCGCAGGGGCGCUUUUGAGCUGACAGCGAGGGGCAUCUAUGUGACAUCUGCUUUGGUUCAAAGCUGCGCCUCAGUGUGCCCUCCUAUAGCAGCCGUGGACGUGGGCAGUGUCUUCGAUUCUGUCGGCCACUCUGCCUCCGUCCGUGUGUGUGGUGGGAGGGAACACUGAGAUGCGGCGGCCAAUCAGACAGACAGACAGACAGACAUUGUCAACACGGAAGCGGCGACCCAAUCAAUGGAUGGAUGGAUGGAUGGCUCGAUACACACACACUUUGCCCGCGCUGGCGAGGUGUGUACGUGACAGUGAACGAAUGAGUGAAUGAAUCGAAAUCGAAAGACGCGUAGGCAUAGCUCUCCUCCGACCUAUCCGUCAUCCAUCCAUGUCUGUCUGUCAAGAAGAACAGAUGCAUUUCUUUCUAUGUACUUCCUUUGAUUCGUGUGCGUGUGUCUGUGUCAGUGAGAGAGAGAAGCGGACAGUCAGACAAGACGGAAAUUUAAGGGGGCUGUGGGGGAUGUGUAAAUAAAUGGGCUGGCUGCAUGCACGUAUGUCUGUCUGUCUGUCUGUACGUAUUGCCUUACCCUGGCUGGGCGUCCCCACCCAUCCUGACCACCGUCUCGCAUGUGUCACCUCGUGCCCUCAGCUAGCUGAACGCUUAAUUGUGUGGUUUCGAUGCAUGUAUGCGUGUGCAUCAGUGACACUGUAUGACCGUGUCCGCCUGCGUGGACUUGGUGAAGGCGUCAAGUUCAGGCGACCCAAUUCAUCUUUUGAUCAAACAGCGCUAUCGCAUCG